AUGUGCAAUAUUCAUGGUUCAAAUUCGAUGUCAAUCAACAACUUCCUAUUACGAGAAGGAGAAAUAUUAAUCCAUGAUGGAAGAGAAACGGCAUCGGAUCUCGAUACUAUCCAACAUUGCCUCACACAAAGCGGAAAAUGUAUAACUAGUACAAGUAUUGUUCUAUGGAAUGAAACAGAAACUGCACGAGUCUAUGACGUUCACAUCAUUAUUGGUGAACUUCAAGUGGUAUUUACAUUUAAGUAUAACAAAACAACUGAUUCAAGAAACCGCGAUUUUAUCAAUCCAAAUACAAUGGACAACAAUACUGUAAUCGACAAAAUAAAUACAAUAAACCUUUACCAAGAUACAAACCAGGUAACUUCAACUUAUAAAGGAUUACUCAUGAUGGAAAACACUAAAGAAAAGGGAACUGAUCCAGAAAAUACCAAACUUCAAUAUCUCUAUAAUACUCUUCAAGAACAAUUUCAACAAAGGUUUAAUGAAAUCAAUCAAAAUAGCUGCCGUAACCGUAAUAAUUUAUUAACACUUAUUGAGUGGAUAUUGCAUGAUAAUCCUACUGUAGCAAUAAUCUAA